AUGCUUGAAUGCAACGAAAUUUCUUCAGGCCCCAUUCUGGAACUUUUGAGCGCAUUCUCGAGCGAUCUACGUGAAGACUUCUAUCCUUACUUUCCAGAAUUCUUCUCAGUUAUUAAGGACAUCAUCUACCAUCGUAAAUCUACUACUUCUGAUUUAUUCACGUCACUUGAGGCGGCUGAGUUUUUCAAAGAUUGUCUGAUAUCCUCUCUCAAAUCUAUGGCUUCCAAUAAAUUGCAGCCUGAUGCGCUUUUCUCCAUUUGCAAGCUCAUGUUUUCCUAUUUUGACGUCGUCAGUGUGUCUCAUAUCCUGAUAUUGCUUUCGUGCUGUGAUGCACUCAUCGACCUGAUGCAGGAAAAGCACGUUUUGCAUCGAUACGAAACAGCGAUUGAGGGGCAUCUCCACUCUGUCAUCUCUAAAUACCCCUUAGUUCGCGUCGGCGAAAUUGUCGUCAAAUUUGUUGGACUGUCUUCUGCUCACUUCAAUUGCACUCGGUUAAUGAGAAAGGUCCUUAUCAAGUCGAAUUUUACCGAUUCCCAGCGGAUCUUUCUUUUACGCCAAAUGGUGAGACACAAGUCUUUCGAGAAGGAUUUUCUCCAAAUUCUUGCCCAUUUACUCAUUCAAAGACCAAGUGAAACACCAAUUGACGAUGCAACACUGGAUUUUCUCGGGCACCUAGUCCUUGUUCGUCAACCCCCAUGCUCUACGCCACUGAUCACCGAGCCACCUGGGCAGAUGAUGUGUUUAUCGUUGGCUUCAGGACUUAACUCUGCAGAGGCACUUCAAAUGACCGUUGAGUGGAUUUUACAUCCUCUGGUGGAUCCGGAUGCGCCUCUUGAGCGUAAACUCUCUGCCGCUCUUUGCCUACCCCACUUAAGCCCAGUACCUAACGAAAGCGUCCUUCGGAACAUCGCUGGAGAAGUCAGAACUACGUUUGUCCGUCUUAUGGAAGCCGCACCUAACACCAUCGAAUUUCAAGCACUCGCAGUUUACUUAUUAGCACUAUACGAGGCUUGGUUUUCUUACAGCCUUUUAUCUCCCACGAAAUCUGAUGUCUUUAUGGACAUAAGAUUCCUCGUGAACACUGCAGCCUCAAUCAAAGACGACAAUGUCGAUUUGUGCAUAAUUCUUCUUCGUGUAAUUGAUCUAACGAGUCAAACAAAAGAAACAGGUGACCUGAAGGUCGAAGACGUCUUGCCAUUUCUGCUGUCAUUCAGUCAUCAGGUGCGUCUACACGCUCUUCGAAUUAUCCGUUCCCUGCUCUCAUCGGCUGGAGCAAGCGCAGACGCGAUCGGUGCAUUGAUAGCAGUAGAACGAUGCUUAAGCACCGAACUAAUCAAGCAGAUACCCAAUUCUCUUCGAGAAUUCCUCAUACACGUUCUUCGUCUUCAUUGUGGUCGGAGUGGAAUUGUCGGGUGUGCGUUAGGUGCCAAGAUUGCGCUGCAUCACCUGCUUGGAAUGCUUCACGUCAACUUGACACCAGCGUGGGACGCCAUUGUCUCGGCCAUUUCAAGCUACGCAAAUCCCACUUUCUAUGCUGAAUCGGCCGACUCCGCCGUCCAACCUGACUACCGUGGCGAACGGUCCCGCAAACGCAACCGCAAGUCUCGUGACCGUUCGCGAUCUCCCAUUCGAUCUGAAGAACAGAUGGACACUGAGACUGCGUCUUCUGAAACCUAUUCACAAUGGAAAGACACAUGCCGUGACUUAUUCUGGUCUGUUAUGACUGAUCUACUGAAGUGUCCAGUUCCCUCGGACAAAUCUGCUGUGCCAGGUGCAUCAGUGCCGCACUUAGUCUUCGAUGAACUGCCGGUGGUGGAGGCCUACACGUCGCUGCUUUGUGUCAUACCGGACAACGAGGUUGCGUCACUGGUCGAUCGGGGAGACGAUGUGGCGCCCACCUCCUUUUCAACUCGUCGACCGCCUGAUUGGAAGCACUAUCGAUUGAACCUCUGGAGGUGCAUUACACCCAUUGAAGUCGGCAAACGCACCCGCCUGCUGGUCCCUUUGUUUCUGACUUUUGUCAAUGACGAGUUCUAUGGGACACCAACCAGGAGCAACGAAGACGUCCUCAUAUGUGCCCUCAAACUUUUCGCCCGUAUGCCGAACCUACAUUCCGUCUACAAGCACGAGGAAUUGGCUGCGGCACUGCUGCGGCUGCUCACCAACAAACGACCAGCAGUUCAGCAGGCUGCCUUCACGUGCUGGCUGUCACUCGCUCCCUCCGGACUGAAGCCUUACAAAGAGCAUUUCGAGAAGGUGCUUAACCUCCAGACGUUCCGUGACGCUGUUAGAAUUUUCAAACUCGACACUUCUGUGGUCUCUGAACAUCGUCGCGCCGUGGCACAAAUACUAAUCAGGAUUCUAUAUGGUCGCUUGCAUCUGUCAAAGGAGAAUCUGGCUUCAGCGAUCUUUACAAAUCUUGCCGGAUGUUCUGAUGAAGAACUGGGUCUAUUUCUCUCACUCAUCAUUGAAUCCUUCUUCUCUGCCUUGUCGGUCGACUAUUCAAAGCGUUCUUUGUUGUUCUCUGACAUCAGCGCUAGCGCCAAGCCAAAUUGGAGCCGAUUACAGGCAAUCUGUAACGUUGUCGAUCAGCUGCUCUCCUACAUGGGUCAUCGGUUGGGCGGCAUUGCCCCACACCUAGACGUCUCUGCCAACACAAACGCCUCCGUUCAUGCACCAGCACUUUUCGAGAUCUCUUUGCUUAUGAUCUCCACUACCAACACGAUUGCAUUGGAUGAAAAUGAGAAGAAACCACACACAAAACAGGUCAAGGUCGUUCGAAAGACCGGUGUCAAGCUCCUGCUGCACCUCUUCUCUGCACCCGGAAUAGAUUUGGAGGCCUUUUGGACACCGGAGCGGGUGAAACUUGUGCGGGAGCUAGUCCUGGAACCACAUCGACUUGGAACGUCUGCUGUGGCCUCACCUGGCCACAUGGUGCUCAAGUUGAUUGGUGUGUGGAGUCAAUCGGGCAGUGAGUAUCUUGUCGGAGCCCUCUUUGUGCCAGAGCUGCUCUCCGACUUGGUAAAGCUGCUGCAGCACCCCAACCUCUCCAAGACAGUCGCCAGGGUCGUUAUUGAAACCAUCACGAAUCUGAUUUUCUCUCCAGAUGUCCAAGAGACCGGUCGUCGUAUACUGCUGCCCUUCCACGCAAGUCUGAUCGACUGCCUUUACUCAAGGCUGCUCGCGUUGCGUUCUCUUUCUUCUUCUCAAGCCCGGAAGGCCCUGAAUUCCACCUCCUCGGAGUGGCUUCAACGCGAAUUCCGUCUCCUUGGUUACCUUGCUGUGCCGCAAUCGCAGGAAGGUGUCACCUCCCAGGCGGACGUUAUGUCCACGGAUCAAGCAAGUCGUCUGCUGUCCGGCCUGUUGCCGUUCCUCGUGAAGGCUCUGGUCAAGCCGGCUUCCCACGGUGGCAACAGCCUGUUUGUCAAAAAGCGGAAAGCAAAAGGCCGAGAAACCGAUGGACUGUAUAUCCGUCGACUGCCUCCGUCAGAAGCCGUCGAAGUUGCCCGAGAAACCACCGAGGCUGAGGUACUGCGGCUGCUUUGCCGUCUUAUGGAAGUCACCGACGACAUGGAGGCGCAUCUUUGCAAAGUACUGGAGCUCUUUUCCACGGUUGAGUCGCGCAUAAGUCGAGCCCUUUUGUGCAGCGCCGCGGGCAUUGCCGCGUCCCGCAUCGCCCACGCCGCACAGCCCAGCAGCAUUUUGCAGUCCUCCCUGAACGACGUGGCGAGCGUUAAACCGGGCCUCGCCAGCCACCUGCCCGAGCCCGUCUUCACGGCUUUGCGCGCGAUUCGCGCUCAACGCCUCGAAGCCAAUCCCGUUUCCCCGGGAGCUGCUUUUGAACGCAACGCUUUAUAUAAGCUUCUCUGCAUGUUAAACUCGUGGAGCACCAGCCAUUUGGAGAUGAUUGAUGCUGUCCAACGCGAAGCUGCUCUGAACGCUCUCUUGGGACUUUGUGACCUCCCACUGCACUCCACUGGUGAUCGAUUAAACUACUUCAUCCAUCUCGCGGGAAUUCACAACGCCGUGUACACCAUUCAAACUGCGGAAAUUCAGCUUCGCGAUCUCGCUUUGGAUUACAUUCUGCGUUUGUCACGGAUUCUCGCUGCCGGCCUUAAAUCUGACGACGAGACGCAAAAGAAGGUGUACGGUGUACUCACUAAGAAUUUGAUCAUUCAGGCUCUUUGGCCAGGGCUCUGUCGCAACAUUAAACAGGCCGUCGGGCCCAGGCGGCUCCACUUUUUCCGUCUGCUCACGGGCCUGGUGAAGUCGUUUGGCGCAUCACACCGGUUUUUCGCACCGCUAGCCCUGCUCGCCGAUGAUUCCCUCACCGCCGACCAGCAGCCCGUGUGUUUCUACGUUAAUCUCCAGAGCGGAACGUCAGCUCGCCAGCUGUUUGCGAUUCGACGCCUUGCACUUUUCCUUCACAACCCCCUCACCAUUGCCUCGAAGAAGGCGAUUGCGCGGUGUACCGUGAAGAAAGAAGGCGACGAGGCAGCUCCAUUCGUGAUGCCUCUUAGUCAUCUUCGCGGCAUUUUCCUACCCACUCUGCUCUUUUUCAUCCGCCAAGAAAUGGUGGCGGAGUUGUCUGGGGCUGGAAGCCUUGGUCUGGAGUCGCGUCAGAUUGUCUCAACUUGUCUCGACGCUGUACGAGCCCUUGCCUCAAGACUUGCAUGGAUCCCUUACAGGGAGCUGUUGGCAUCUGCACUCUCCAACCUCGAUCAGGAGUCUACGAUUGCUUUGAAGUACACCCUGGCUAUUCUAGACGGCUAUCAACCGUGUGAGGAGGCUGUAGACUUCAUGUUGACCGUCGUUGCUCGCCUCCAGGCUCACAUAAUUCCCUCCUACAAGGCAGAAGGACAAGGCAAAUCGUCGACUUAUCUGCGAACGAGUGCUGUGGUGGCUCUUGUCACUCUCUUGCGUCGUCUUCCCAAAGGCCAUCUGGAAUCGCGACUGCCUCAUCUCGUUCUUCGUGUGUGUGACCUCCUUCGUCCUUCUAAGAAGCUUCCAUCACAGGCACGACACGAGGCCGUCUUGGCUCUCUCGAAAGUCGCUAUCAUGGUCGGUCCGGGUCAAGGCCUGGACUCGAUUUUUUCCACAUUGGCGAGGGAGCUGUCGCGUGGCUACGCGGCGAUGACCAUUCGUCUAGCCGCUCUGCAUCGAAUCUUCUUUGACUUUACUGCGGCGAUGGAUAGGGGUGAGGUGUCAGCGGUGCAUGGUGGUAGUGGUUGUAGGGCGACCUUGGACAACGUGUGUUACAUUCUGCUGCGUCUCUACCUUGAUGAGAUUGCAGGACAACUGGGUGAGCAGACGGAUUCCCGACGAGAGGCCUUCAACAAGGGCUCAACUUCAGACUUUAAUGUUCAAACUCUCCCUGUCCCGUCUUCAACUGAUCUCCCCGAGGCUCGGGGUGGUCCGAAGGCGUCAAUCGGUCUGCCUGCCCUCCUCCGCUUCUGUUCACAGUCGAUGUUGGGACGAGUUUUCACGGACCUGCGAACGGCAACCGCUUUAGUCGCGGCAGGACGGAUUAUAUCCAACGAGAGUCUUCAGCAAGGCGGUGAUCAGUCAACGGGUGAAGUUAAGUCGGAUGAGAAGUUGAUAAGCCAUCUGCGUUUUCGCAAGCGGGCUCUGGCCCGCCUUCAGGCAGCUAUCAAUCGAAUCCCCACAAAAUACGGUGUCCUUCACCCCAAAAUGCUUGUGCCACCUUGUGCUCUCGGCCGUUUAGCCCUCACUUUCGUCAGUACGGCAUCAGUCGACACCAAUAAGAAGCCUACACCUGUGUUGAAGCGCGGUCUCGAGGCACUCUACCGCCCGGGUUGGGGCAAGGCUGGUACCCAGCUUCUGGAGAAGCGCCCCGACUACCUCGAAGUCCCUGCGGAGCCGAAACUCUCCACACAGAAUCUGCAUGUCACACAGACCGAUUCUGCCCAUCAAGAUAUCCUCUCUGCCUGCGGCCUGCAGACUAUUAUUGGUCUAGUCAAACUGGGCCUUCUUUCGCCCACUACGCGGCCAGAAGACGCUACUCUUCUGUCUGAUGCGGUUCCACUCACUCUGGCUACUCUCAACACCUCCAAGAGUCUCGCUGUUCUUGCUGGUGCUGUUCGUUGUGUUAGGAUAUUUUUCCAUCUCGAUCUAGAGUGCUUUGAGGCAUUUCUGCCCGACGUGGCUAGGGCUCUUUUUGGCCUGGUGGACAAACACACCGGUCUGUUGAGCACGAAUGCGACUGCAAGGGACAGUGUGGCGCAGUCGUUCGCACACGGGCUCUACGCGGCUCUGGCGGCGCUGAUCCAACACCAGACCAAGUAUACCCUCUCAAACGCCCAGCUUGCCAUCCUAUUUGGUACGAUUGAGAUGGAAAUCGUGCGUGACGCCGCAACGUCACCGGCCCUCUCCUUACUGACUGCAUUUCUGAACCGGCGACUGCGUGAUCCCCUUGCUGACGAUGACUCCAAUAAAGUCAUAAGUUUCGACAACAUUAACGAUUCCUCAGAGGACACGAUCCUCUCCAGCGGCUUAGUUGUGGCGAAAAAGAGUGACACAGAUUUUUCGUUUGCUGGUGCCGGUGGUGGUCGACGUCUGUCGCGACUAAUGCUGCGACUCCAACGCAUGGUCAUAACAUCAUCUAACGAGACAGUUCGCCGUGACUGCAGACGCUGUCUACUGGCCUUCUUACUCAAUUACCCACACCAGCGUCGCUUCAUAGUUGGUUUUGUGGGUUUCCUCUUGCGUCAGCUGGAGCACAACAGGGAGAUCGGGCGUGCCUCGGUGGCAGCUCUUCUCUCCACAAUCGUGUCCGAAUUCCCCGUGGCCAGUCUCCUCCAAGGAGGACUAGAGGAGACCAUCAUACUGGCCGUAGGGGCUGCCAUUGAACGAGAGACCUCGCUAGACGUGCGUCUGGCCCUAUACGGUCUCGUGCGCCUUCUCUUUACGAGGAUUCCUGCCAAAAAGGCCGUGGCGCAUUUCAAUGAAUACCUCCUCGCCUUCCUUCGGGCCCCUGCCGACACGAGAGCUUCUGCACGCUUGUUGGGUCUGCAGAUGGUAUCAGUGAUUCUCGACUCCCAGGAGUGCCUUUCGGUCGAAAAGCAUCGUGAUACGCUUCUCUCCUUCUUGGGAACGGAAAUUUUGACGGAGUCGCAAAAGCAGCUCUCAGGCCUUCGCAGCUCCCACUCUCACCUCUUUAAGGAUGUCAUUCGCUCAACCGAGGAAACUGAUUUGGUCAGACCUGCCGAUAUAACCGAUAACGCUGGUGGAAAUGACGAUGAUGGUGAUUGGCUCACUGCAACGGACGCUGAUGAACCUACUGCUGAAUCGGCUGCAUUCGGCAACCUUUCAGACAAAGAAGAGGAAGAUUUAGACGUAGAUGAGGAGCCGGAUGGUCUCGAAAGCGAACCCCAAUCAGAUCACGAGGAAGAGAAAGAAGAAGAGGAAGCAGAUGGUGAGGAGGAUGUUGAUGUCGACCUUGAACCCAGCCAACCCGAGAAAGCGUCUAGUGAGGCAAUCCGGGUUGUUGAAUCGUGCAUCAACCUGAGCUCAAGCAAGUCGGAACCACGUUCACUCCGGCCCUCAAAGUCUGCCCCCGAGCUGCACUUUGUGCUAGUUUGCUGCACACUCGAGCACGGCCUCCAAUUGGUUGAUCGUCUUCUCUCGGCGGCUGACCCCCAGUUAGGCUGCUCGACUAUCUGCGCCCCGAUCUGGGAGGCGCUGCUCAAAAUCGAGCAGAAGAAGAAGGGCAAGCGUGAGGUGAAGUUCGCCACACUGCUGGGUCCCGCGCACGAGGCCAUGCGCUCGCUCCUGCUUGCGCCGACGCGUCCAGUGCGUGAGUGGGCUGCGCGCGUCUUUAACAGACUCCUCAGGGCGGAGGUGGCUGUGUGCAGUAGCCACGGCGAGUUGCAGACGCCUCUUCCAUUCGCAUCCGACUUCUUGGCCAAGUGCAAAGACGUUUCCGUUCGGUUGACGUCCCUUUUGUCCGACGCGCUGCGGCAAUUCGAAAUUGACUCCUCCUCGGGUCCGAUGUCCGAGGACUACGCGAAUGCGGUUUUGUCGAAUUUGGUGUGCCUCGGGCAGUUCCUUCAUGCCCUGGGAGCCACGAAACAGGUGUUGAGGAUUUUCAAAACAGCCAACCGUCUCGCUCUCGAUGAACUCAACAACAGAAAAUCGUCUUUCAAUCAGAGGAUACUGGCGAUCAAGUUGACUGUGGGCCUUCUCCUCACACUUCCCAGGCCAAGUCCCGCCGAGAUUUCUUCUCUGCUCGCGCGGGAAACGAAGACUCGAGGCGAUGAGAGUUCUCCAGGCAUGCUAUACUUGCGCUGCGCCCUACGCUUGUUGGCUCGCGAAUCCAAGCAGCGCGAACGAUUGGCCUUCCUGGCCACAUCCAGCGUCGCCUUGCCCGAGGACGCCGAGGCUGUCGAUGGGGUUUCGCUAAGUCGCAAAUUGUCCGGUCGUCUGAGCCGAAUCGAUUCUACUCGGGCCAAGGCGCGAAGGCGAAGGGCACAGGCGAAGAUGCGUCGGGCACUCCUUUCAGGUGAACUGACCGCCCGCGAUGCAAUGCAGAAGCUUGUAGGUGUUCCAAUGGUUGAAUUGUCGGCAGCGGAUCACCUAAUUGGCCUGAUAGAGUCAACAGACGCGACGCUUUCCACGAAGCUCCUCGGUGGCGAUGUCGCGGGUGGCAUGUCCAGUCUCUACGCCUGGUCGACGACAUCGCUCUCGCGCAAACGCGAGGCUCGUGCCGCACGGCGAGCCGUCCGAGCGGCCUUUGGUGGGGUCGAUAAACCAACUGACAACGACCUUAGCACUCUACCUGCCAAAAAACGCCCCAGAAUUGACCUCUAG